AUGCGGUGCUCAGCUUCAUCUUGUCUCUCUCGGUCUGAACCGGACUGUCCGACACACUCCCCCCUGGAUGGAGAAGAUAAAGAGACGCAGCUCUCUGAGAAGAUCCACGCGGUUCCGAUCCACCGGCGACCGGACCUCCUGGGGUCUUGCGCUGACCUGGUGAACUCCGAGUGGCGGAGGAGCCAGGCGGCCCGGCUCCACUCCCUCCAGAAGUCCUGCGCAGAGUUCCCUGUGUGCCUGGUUCUCCUGCGGGGCCACAGAGGGGCCGAGCGGCUGCUGGGCCACGCCCGGCUGUCCCGGGUGGUGGGUCGGAGCAGCAGCCUGUUCCUGGAGUCAGUGGUGGUGUCCAGGGCGGAGCGGGGGCGGGGCUACGGCCGCACUCUGAUGGAGGAGACGGAGCGCUACGCCAACAGCAGAGGGUUCAAGCGCCUGUACCUGACCACCCACGAUAAGCAGGACUUCUACGCCCACCUGGGGUACGUGCUGACUACGCCCGUGCAGAACGCAGGUGCCAUGACUCUCUUUGUUCCCAUGGAGACGCUCUUGAGGUUCUCCAGAAUGCCGGGUCAAGAGAAAAACACACAAGAGCAAACGCGGACAAAGAUGGAGGCUCGUGUACCACACAGUGCUUGUGUUGUGGGGUCACCACCUCCUUCCAUACCUCCUUGUCCUCCACCACCUCCUUCCAUACCUCCUCCACCUUGUCCACCACCACCUUCAUCGAUACCUCCCCCCCCACCUCCUCCCCCUCAGUCUGCAGGGCAGCUUGUAGUUCAGACUCUGACUGAGACUCCCUACAGAGACGCUAAAGGAGUUCCUAUCUACUGGAUGCUCAAAGACAUUUGACGAACACACACUCCGCUGCAUUCAUACGUGUUUGUGUAUAUGUGCACACAUCAAUAGAAACAUAUACAAAUUCUAAAACCUCACUCACUAUUAAUGGUCUCUCAGACACACAAAAAUGUAUGGAAGAAGACAGGGUGUAGAACAAUUCAGAGAGAAAUUAGUCCUGCCUACCAACCCACAGACUGUGAAAUAUGAAAAUCUUCAUCAAACCAUUCAGAUUUGAUUUCCCUCGAUUUGUCACUGGGUCUUUAGGAUAUCUGUUAUGGCAUCACACUAGUUUACCGGCCAGUCAGUCUCCAAAAGGCGACCUUACAGAGGUGUGAGGUCGAGACUUGAGGUCGAGACUUGAGGUCACAUAAACUGAUAGUUAAUUAUUUGGGAAGUAGGAGACAUCUGGUUUCCAGCAAUUACACUUUUAAGAUUUCCAUAUGAAUACAUUCUGGAUGCGUUAAUGAGUUUAAAUAUCUACUGCAUGUAACUGUUUUCUCUUGAGGGAAUCUUUUGAAAGACAUGGAUUGUGACAAAGGUCGAGUGAACGCUUAGUAAAACAUAUUUUAGAACAUAUUUUGGUUUAUCCCAACCAACCACUCACUGUUUUUGAUGUUUUCAUGUGGAACUGUAAUCUUGAACAUGAGGAUCACUGUGCCUUGUUGAACUGCCAGAGAACUGAAACGUUCUUAAAAUCACUUUUUCAUGUUGAUGAGUGUAAUUCAUCACAAUUCUGGUAAUAAAAAG